AUGUAAUAAUCUGAUCCAAAUCAAACAUAAAAUUGGGCUGUUACUACACAAUCAUUUGAAGUCACAACAACACACUAAUAGUACCCCUAGCAACAAUUCAUCCCGAAUCAAUAGCCUAAUUACACUUAGCAAAAUUAAUAAUAUGGACAAUAGCCUUAGCAAGUUACUUAUGGACAGCCAAUUGUUAGCAAUGUGUAUGCUCAACCAGUUCAAGUUGGAACGCCCUACUUAUAAACCGUGAUUGGAAACCAAUUUAAUGCUCCUCCUUCGUUUAAUGCUAAUGGUGCACCUUAUCCUAUUUAAAUUAUAUGUCCAGUCUGCAAAACCCAAGGCAUUACAAAUGUAACAACUGAGAUUGGAGCAGGAACCUACAUGGUUUCAUGCUUAUUAUUUCUAUGUACUGGAAUAUUAUGUUGUUGGGUUCCUUGUGUCAUGCCUGAUUGCCAAGACAAAAUUCAUAGAUGUUCAUCAUGUCAAGCAGAAGUUGGAAUAAGAUAGUAUGAUAUAUGUUGAACUUAAUAUAUAAUUUAUCCACAAUAUGAUAGUU